AUGGACCUCUUCCGGCGAUCCCAGUUCUCAGAUUAUAUCAAGAAGGCCCUCUGCUCUCACAAAAUUCCAGGCAUCUCUAUCUCCAUUGUACAGGAUCGUACUAUCGCAUCUGGAGCAUUCGGCAAGUCAAGUUUAGAUCCAUCAACAAACUUUACCCCUGACACACUCGUUGGCAUCGGCUCUAUUUCCAAAUCUCUCACCGCUGCAGCAGUUACACUCCUAGUUCAGGACAAUGUAAAUUAUCCUCAGGUUCAGUAUGAUACUCUUAUGUCGAGCCUUCUACCUGAUGAUUUUGUUAUGUCUGGUGAAAACCACCGGGAUGUCACUGUGGAGGAUAUAUUAACCCACCAGACUGGUAUGCCGACGCAUGAGUUCUCCGUGUUUGGUCCCAGCGCAGAGCAGCCGGAUGACCCUCGCUCAAUUACAAGAAAUUUGCGAAAUCUGCCCACCAUAGGGGCUAACAGAAGUGGAUUUGUAUAUUCCAAUACGAUGUAUACUGUUGCCUCCUACCUAGUGGAACAUGUUACUGGAGAUAGCUUUGCAGACUUCCUGGAGAAGCGGAUAUUCCUACCACUUAAAAUGGAGUCCACUAGUGUCCAGCCGUGGCGUGCGCUAGCUAAAACGAAAGGGCAGAACAUUUCAGUUGGAUAUCUAUGGGAUAAAAAUGCAAAGACGUUCAAAUCAUCUCCCUUCCUGGACCGUCCAGAAUCCCAAGGCGCCGGACAACUGAUCACAACCGCCAGCGAUCACGCUAAAUGGAUCAAAGCUAUGAUAAACCGAGAAGGGCCAAUAACUGAAGACGUUUACAACCUCCUGACUAAGAAACGAGUGUUGGAGGAUGCAUCAAAAGAUCAAUAUUCAGAGAAUCCGUCUUUUUAUGGACUUGGCUGGCAAAUUCAAGACUAUUCUGGAUAUACUAUUGUGUCUCAUGAGGGUGGAGAGGCUGGAUCAUCGUGCGAUAAUUUUUUCGUUCCAGGACUGAAAUUUGGAGCGUUUAUCUUCUGUAACGCGGACCACGCUCAUAAUGUGAUAAGCUUGGUGAAGUACCGCCUGCUGGACCAAGCAAUACUCGAGCGACAAGGGGGUUUAGCUUGCAUAAAUGGAAAACUCCAGCCCAGCUUUGAGCCAGAUUGGGGUCUAGACUUUGACACUGACGACCCUGAUGACCUUUAUGAUGAUGAUAUCCAAACAGAGGAGGAACUUAUACAAGAGCUUUGUCCUGAUAUAAACGGGCUCCGGUCUCAGCCCCAGGAAAUACCAUUGGACUCCUACACAGGGCUAUAUUGGAACCAGGGUUACCGCGGGAUCAAGGUAGAAAACAGAGGUGAUCAAUUGUUUAUUGAUUGUACUGAUCGAACAACGCCGUUUACGCUUGCUUUCAAGCACAUACGUGAGCAGGUGAAAUAUAUAGUGUAUGUCACAGAGGUCCACGGAAACGACAUAUUCCCUAUUAAAGCAGAAUUCGUACUCGAUAACAACAACAGAGCAACGAAGCUUGGACUGCAGCUGGAACAGACUAUGAACGGAUACAUCUGGUUCAUACGGAGAAGCCUAUACAUAGACACCGUAUAUUAG